UAGAGUGGAGGAGAGGUAGCAAAAAAAAGAAAAGAAAAAAGGCAAGCAGACAGAGACGCUCUCUCUCUCUCUCUCUCUCUCUCUCUCUCUCUAAUUUCAGCCAGCAGCAGUGUAAACCAAAGAGAAAACAGAAGGAAGAGGAAUAGAGCAGGAUUCUGCAGCAAUACUGACCUAAGCAGGUUAUAUUACACUGCACUGCACUGUGCGGACUGCACACACACACACACACACACACACACACACACACACACACACACACACACACACACACACACACACACACACACACACACACACACACUUGUGCAGAGGGGUGUGAUGCAGACAUUAGGUAGACAGCAUUUGUCAGUGUGUUGUUUCUGAGCAGAGGUGAAAGAGAGAGCAGAGCAAGUGUGUGUUUACUCCUUGGCAAACGUUGUGUGCCAGAGUUGCUAAGUGUGUCAGACAGCCAUGAGGAGGAUGCUGUCCCUCUUUUGCUUGCUUUCUCUGGCAGCACGUUUAUCGGAAGCAUGGAGACCAUCACAGCCACGACUGCAAUUUCAACACUCAGAGCUGGUGCGUAGCGGCAGGCUCCUGUCUCUCUCUGUGCCUGCUGGGGAUCUGAACUCUCUGCUGCCGGAUGAAGAUGGCCGUCGCCUUUACAUCGGUAUGAAGAACCAUCUGCUCUCCACCAGCCUGGAUGACAUUACACAAACACCCCGCAAGAUACACUGGCCUGCAAAUCCAGAUCACAUCCAGGACUGCUUAAUGGCUGGGAAAGACCUGCAGAUGGAUUGUGCUAACUUCCUGCGAGUGCUGGAGUGGUUUAACCAAACACACCUGUAUGCCUGUGGGACUGGAGCAUUCAAUCCUCACUGUGCCUUUAUCCCUACCAGCCUCUUUCUUAGGGCUGAGGAACAAACCCUGAAGUAUGAAGACACUGAAUCAGGGAAGGGAAAAUGUCCUUAUGACCCUCACCACAGAACGGCUACUGCCAUCAUAGACGGAGAGCUGUACGCUGGGAUCUCAUCUGAUUUUCUAAGUCAUGAUACAGCAUUCUUUCGCAGUCUGGGAAAGCGACAUGCAAUGCGCACUGAACAGUAUGACUCUACCUGGCUGCAAGGUGCUGAUUUUGUGCAUGUCGCAGCGAUGUCAGAGAGUGAUAAUGAGGAGGAUGAUAAGGUGUACAUGUUCUUCACUGAGCGUGCUCAGGAGGCAGAAGGGGCGGUUGGGAAGAUCCUCUAUUCUAGAGUCGCCCGUGUCUGUAAGAAUGAUAUUGGUGGUCAGCGUAGUUUGGUACAUAAAUGGAGCACGUUUCAGAAAGCUCGUAUUGUUUGUUCUGUACCAGGACCUGAUGGAAUGGAGACACACUUCGACAAGCUGCAGGAUGUUUUCAUUCAGCGUGGAAAGGACAAAAAGAACCCUCUCAUCUAUGGGCUCUUCACCACUACAAGCAACAUCUUGAAUGGAUCCGCUGUGUGUGUUUACCGGAUGCAGGACAUUAUUCGAGCUUUUAAAGGAAACUUCCUGCACAGGGAGGGACAACAGUACAAGUGGACAGAGUAUACAGGCAGAGUACCCUAUCCAAGGCCUGGCACAUGUCCCAGCAGCACUUUUGGAGGUUUCCGAUCCACAAGAGAAUAUCCUGAUGAUGUCAUCUUUUUUAGCCGGACACAUCCUUUAAUGCAGGAGGUGGUACAUCCUCUUAGAGGCCAGCCUUUGCUGAUCAGAGUAGGAGUGUCUUAUAAACUGACCCGCCUACUUGUGGACAGAGUGGAGGCUAUAGACGGACAAUAUGAUGUGUUGUUUAUUGGCACAGACUCUGGCCUGGUUCUGAAAGCAAUUCACCUCCCUAAAGCCAACGGACAGAAUCAGGCGUUCACUCUCGAACAAAUGCAAGUGUUUAAGCACAAGUCACCAAUCACUGCCAUGAUGCUGUCCAAGAAAAAGUGGUUAUUUGCUGGAUCUGCAGAGGGUGUGGUUCAGUUGGGUCUGUUCCACUGUGAUCUAUACGGCCAGGCCUGCGCUGAGUGCUGUCUCGCUAGAGACCCAUACUGCACCUGGGAUGGGCACUCUUGCAGCCCAUAUAUGCCAACUGCACACAGGAGAAACAUUCGUCAGGUUAAGGAUGACGGCAACCCGCUGAACCAGUGUGUCAGACAGGGAGCUGGUCUUCACGUGGAGGCAGAGGAAAAGACGCUGGUUGUGGCUGUUGGUAACAGCACCUAUCUGGAGUGUCUACCCAAAUCUCACCAUGCCACCGUCACCUGGUAUAAAGACAUAGGAGAGAACAGCCUGGAACAACAUAAGGUUGUAUCUGGAGACCAGCUGGUUAUAAUCGACAGAGGCAUCCUCAUUCCCAGGGUGCAGCUUAAUCAUGGAGGUGUUUAUCACUGUCAACUAGAAGAGCAUAGAUUCCGCUGGACAGCUGUUACUAUUCACUUAAUUGUGUGGAGCCCCGCCCUGCUCCCCACCCUUAGCUCCACCAAGCCAUGGUACCAGGAUGUGAUGGCACUGAUUAACCAUGGCAAACUGGAGCGACACUGCAAAGAACUCAGCCAACGUCAUAACCACAAGGAAUCAGGGAAUCACAAGCAUAACAAACAAGAUAGAAAGAGAGGAGACCGACACAAACACAGAGGAGAAGGAGAGAGAGGGGGAGAGAAGGAGAAAGGGAGGGGGCGAAAGAACCGAAGCAGAAUGCAGAGCUCAGCACAGAGGGUACCGAGGAGUGCAUAGACACAAUCACAGGUGUUUACACAGGUACUCAGGCUCACACAUAAACACAAACAAAACAUGCAAUAUACAAUAUAUACAUUGUACAAUGAUUCAUUUUUAGUUCUGGACAUCCUGUUAGGACAUUAACUUGAACAUGAAGGACUGUUACUAACUAAGAAUGUGUUUAAUGGGAAGGCUGAUCUUGAAGGGGUGGGGUCAAGAGAGGACACGUUUGCUUUAAUGUUAAUAGCUAAUUAAUUCAUUAUAUGAGGACUGUGUUAUGCAGAUCUUACAAAUCUCCUAAAAUAAGAGUGUCCCGAAUUAUCCUCUGUUGAAAAAAAAAAAAAAGACAAAUCUUCCAAAGUUAGGGAGCAUCUUAAAAAGAUCUUUGUUUUAAAAAGACUGCAGUGUUGAUAGCUCUUUUUAUUUCUCUAUUGCGCAGCAUCUGUACUGACUAUGUAUGUAUUGCCUGGAACCAUUGUGCUCUUAUUUAUCGUUCAUGGUAUUUAUUUUCUUUGUGAUAUAUUGUCUUGCAUUGUAUGUGUGUAAAAUUUACAAGUUAUUCUUUUCUUUUUGAAAUUUUUGAUAAGGUGUAAUUCUCUCUCUCUGCCAUCAUUAAUGAAGCUUAUGCUUCUCCGCAGAAGAAACUGUCUUACAGUGGGUUUAGAAAGAUUUAAAUUUAUUGAAAGCAAAAUUAUAUACAGUAGCCUCAAAAAGUAUUUGGAUGCUUAAGUCACACUUAUAAUGUUUGAAAUGUAUUGCAUUCGAAAACAGAAGUCAAACCAACUAGCAUUUGCAAACAAAUCUCAGAACUAACUUCACUAUUCUUUGCCAUUUUGCCUAUUACUUUUAACCAGCUGGUGUCUCAAGGUGAUUUCUGGUAAAUGUAUGAAGUCACACAGAUGCACCACAGGUGCAGUUUAUCACAUUAACUCUGGAUAAGUUCCUCUAACAUUUGAAAUCUUUAAAGUGUCCAAAUACUUUUUGUCAUAAUUUCAAACAUAAUCAUAAUUCAUCAUAAUUUCAUAAUUUCAAGUAUAAAUAUACUUGACUGAUUACAACCAAAGCUCUGUUUCCAAUGCCAGUCUGAAAAAAAAGUUUUUAUCAUUUUGAACCUAAAAUGUAUUUUUAUUUUUUUAUGUUUUGUUUGCAAGGUGUGCUUUCUUUCUUUAAAAUAAAUGCACUUGGUUUGUUAUUUUGUUUUAAAAUACAAAGACAUUCAUACAUUUUUAAGUACCUAAAGUGUCCAAAUACUUUUUGGGGCCACUGUUUAGUUCCCUAAAUACAUGUACACAACACAAGUAUCUCAUGAAAAGGUGAAGUCACUUCAGUGAUGCUGUAGGAUAACAAACUUGGUGUGUUUCUGUGUAGAUGGAUGGAGGCACAAAGGGUGUGUUUAAUAUAACUGGAGUGAAACGCCAGAGCAGGCCAGCUACUUUCUCCUGCACAUGGACACAUGCCUGCCAAGAGGUUUGGCACCCACCCUGAAGUGCCUCCAUUCAGAGGGAUGGAAAAAAGAAAAAAGGAUGGAAUACAGUAAGGGUUGUGAGCUUUAAAGUGCAGUACAAACAGAGGGAAAAGGAGGAAAUAAAGACUCACACCACAUGAGAGAGACAG